AUGGAUCAGCUUAGGGUACUGAUCAACGUCAAGGAUCAGUUUAGGUCGCUGGUCAACGUCAUGGAUCAGCUUAGGGUACUGAUCAACGUCAAGGAUCAGUUUAGGUCGCUGAUCAACGUCAUGGAUCAGCUUAGGGUACUGAUCAACGUCAAGGAUCAGUUUAGGUCGCUGGUCAACGUCAUGGAUCAGCUUAGGGUACUGAUCAACGUCAAGGAUCAGUUUAGGUCGCUGGUCAACGUCAUGGAUCAGCUUAGGGUACUGAUCAACGUCAAGGAUCAGUUUAGGUCGCUGGUCAACGUCAUGGAUCAGCUUAGGGUAUUGAUCAACGUCAAGGAUCAGUUAGGCCACUGA